AUGGAAGAAAAUCUAACCAAAGUGACUGAGUUCAUCUUUCUGGGCUUCUCAGACCUCCAGCGCCUCCAACUCCUUCUGUUUGUCUUCGUCUUACUCAUCUACCUCAUCAUCCUGAUAGGAAAUAGCCUCAUCAUUGCUGUCACAGUGGCUGACAUAAAACUCCACACCCCCAUGUAUUUCUUCCUCAGGAAUCUAUCUGCCUUGGAGAUCUGCUACACCACUGUUACUGUACCCAAGAUCUUGUCUGACUUCCUGUCAGAGCGACAUACCAUCUCCUUCCUUGGUUGUGUAGCCCAAAUGUAUUUCUUCAUCCUCUUUGGCGUCUCAGAGUGCUGCUUGCUGGUUGUGAUGUGCUAUGAUCGAUAUGCUGCUAUUUGUAACCCCAUGCGUUACCCCCUCAUCAUGAACAGAAAGGUCUGUGCUAGGAUGGCAGCUGUGGUUUGGACUGUAGGCAAUGUGGUGGCAUGUGAACAAGUAGCAGCCAUAUUCUCCUUGCCUUUCCAUGGGUCAAAUGUCAUCAACCAUUUCUUCUGUGAUGUUCUCCCAGUACUCAGGCUGGCAAGCACAGAAACAUCCUUGAACGAGCUCAUCACUACCAUGCUUAGUGUGGUGUUAAUUCUCAUCCCUUUCCUCCUGAUCAUCGCCUCCUACAUCCGUAUAAUGUCCACUGUCCUGAAGAUGCAUUCUGCUGAAGGGAGGCACAAAGCUUUCUCCACUUGUUCCUCACACCUCAUCUCAGUCACCUUGUUUUAUGGCAGUACUCUGGUCACCUAUCUGAGGCCCAGCUCUGAAGGGUCUACAAACACUGACCGAGCCCUCUCCCUGUUCUACACGGUUGUUACCCCAACCUUCAACCCAAUCAUUUACAGCCUGAGGAACAAGGAAGUGAAGACAGCUCUGAAGAAACUUGUGGGCAGGAGUAUCGGUUUGCAAGUUUCAUAA